CAUUUCCUUUCUUUUUCCAAACCAUUCAUUCUAGUAAUGAAAUUCACUCUGAUCUCUUCCUGUAUCGCUCUUGCCUUUGUGGUCCUCGCUGUUGAAGCUGCUCCUGGUGGCAAGAAAAUUAACGUUCCAUUGACAAAGAACGAAAAUUAUAAGCCCAGUGCCAAAAAGUCACUCCAAAAAGCCAUUGCCAAAUACACCAAGCACAAGCUCUCCACUCAAUCUCCUGGCGUCUCCCCUGAAAGUGGUGGAGCAGUUCCUGUAACUGACAGUGGUAAUGAUGUUGAGUACUAUGGUAUCGUCAAGGUUGGUACUCCUGGUGUUGACCUCAGACUCGACUUUGACACUGGUUCUUCUGACUUGUGGUUUGCUUCAACUCUCUGCAGCGAUUGCGGUUCAACUCAAACCCGUUACGAUCCUUCCAAGUCUAGCACUUAUCAAAAGGAUGGUCGUCCUUGGUCCAUUCAAUAUGGUGAUGGUUCUACUUCCAGUGGCAUCUUGGGUACUGACACUGUCGAAUUGGGUGGUCUCACUAUCAAAAAGCAAACCAUCGAAUUGGCCAAGACUGAAUCUGAUACUUUUGCUAGUGGAGAAAUUGAUGGUCUCUUGGGUCUUGCCUUUGAUUCCAUUACGACAGUCCAAGGUGUAAAAACACCUGUCGACAACUUGAUCAGCCAAGGUCUCAUUUCCUCUCCUAUCUUUGGUGUCUUCCUCGGAAAGGCUAGCAACGGUGGUGGUGAAUAUAUCUUUGGUGGAUACGACUCAUCCAAGAUCAAGGGAGAAUUGACUACCGUCCCCAUCGACAAUUCUCAAGGCUUCUGGGGCAUCACUGUUGAUGGUUCUUCUGUUGGGGGCCAAUCUGUCACUGAUUCCUUCAGCGCCAUCCUUGACACCGGUACCACUCUUUUGGUCUUCCCCAAUGAUGUUGCCUCUCAGAUCGCUCAAGCAUACAAUGCUCAAGAUAAUGGUGAUGGUACCUAUACCAUUGACUGUGAUACGUCCAACUUGCAACCCCUUACCUUCAGUAUUGGUGGUGCUGAAUUUGAAGUUCCUUCUGAUUCCAUCAUUUUUGAACAAGAUGGAAAUAACUGUAUUGCUGGUUUCAGUUAUGGUGAUCUCGGAGGCUUGUCUAUCUUGGGUGAUGUAUUCUUGAAGAACAACUACGUUAUCUUUAACCAAGAAGUACCCGAAGUCAAAAUCGCUCCUUCCAUUAACGCUUAAGAGCGUCUGACAUAUUUAUUUAAAUAAACUACUUUUAUCUCCCUAUAGUAAAAUCAU